AUGGAUGGAAUGGGUAGUGAUGAACUGAUUAGUUCUGUACCUAACUUUGCUCGCGGUCUAGAUAUUCUUUUGGUGGAUCAUGAAACUGCUUCUCUGAUGUACCUUGCAUCACUGCUUGAACAAUAUACAUUCAAGGUUACCACCACUGAAGUAGCAGCCGUUGCAUUGUCUAUGAUUCAUGAAGACGAGCAUCGAUUCAGACUUGUCAUAGCAAACAUGAAAAUGCCAGAUAUGGAUCGUCUUUCUUUUCUGGACAUACUACUUAAGAAGAAAAUUCCUAUCAUUUUGAUGUCUUCUGAAAAAAGAUUUAGUGUAGCACAGAGAGCCCUAGCUGAAGGAGCAUGGUAUUUCCUUGAGACACCAGUUCUUUUGGAAGAUCUAAAAUACAUAUGGCAACAUGCGUAUCGCAAGAGAAAAGAUUUGAGGAAAGAAUUCCAAAAAGAAAACAUUGAAGGAGAGGUGAACCAUAUAAGUUCAAAGGAUCAAUUUCCUCAAGGUAUUGAAAUGAAAGAGGCAGGUUGUGUCACUAGCCCUCCCAAUGGAAAUGCCUCAUGUGACAUUAACCAAUAUGUAGAAGCUAGUAUGUUUGAGGAAAACUAUGUAAGAGAACCUCAACAUGAAGCUAAUUUUGUUGAGGAAAACCAAGUAAGAGAACCUCAAUGUAAUUGCAAUGAUAGGAUGAAGAUCUCAGAGGGCCAUCAACAAGGAGGAACCAAUAUUUUGAGAUCAUAUUCUAACAUUGAAGACAAACAGCAAGAGAGGAGAACUAAGUUUAGCUCAGAACAAACAAAUUUCUUUACUAUCAAAACCCCUGAGGAGCAAGAGACACAAAGGAAAGAUAGCAACUAUAGAUCAUCAAAAAAGGCACGUUUUCUUUGGACCACAGAGCUACAUCUCAAGUUCACAGCAGCCCUUAGCCUGCUAGGCGAUAAACGUAAAACCACACUCUUAUAA